GUCGGAUGUCAAAACACCGAAAUUCCGGCAGUCUCGGAGUUGAACGGCUUUUUACGACACGCUCUUCGACUCGACUAACAUAACGCGAGGGAGGGGAUCAAUGCUCGAUUCCUCGACCUUUGAGCUUGCCAAACUAUCCUAGCUGUUCCUAUCGCCGUUCCACAUCACUUGCCCCUCCCUUGUUUCCCUGUGUAGAAUUGCCGAACAUGCCCCAUCAACUCAACUCGUGCGAGCUCCAUCACUCCGGUGGGUGCUACCACCCGGAGUUUAGCAAUUGGCGGACGAGCGACAUCAUGGGUAUCGGGUUAAUAUAAAGGGAAGUUGAAGUCGCUCCCUCCAAAGAAUCAAUCCAUCUCUCUCUUCUCACAGCACCUUUGCUCGGCUGAAUUGAUUUCAACAUGUCUCCCUUCGGUAAUCCCCCAAAGCCCAAGUCGCUCCUAGAAUUCCACCGCGUCCUCUCCCCAAAUGCCGGAAUUCGUGUCUCGCCCCUAUGCCUCGGCGCAAUGAACUUUGGCGAGGCGUGGGAGGAUUUCAUGGGAAAGUGCGAUAAGGCGACGGCGUUCGAGAUUUUGGACUAUUUCUUUGAGCAGGGAGGGAAUUUCAUUGAUACCGCCAACAAUUACCAAAACGAAGAAUCCGAACAGUGGAUCGGCGAAUGGAUGGCCUCGCGCAAAAACCGCGACCAAAUUGUCCUCGCCACGAAAUUCACCACCUGCUACCCUGACCCGCGGAACCCGCCCCGUCAAAAGACCAACUAUGCGGGCAACCACACGAAAUCCUUGCAUGUGUCCCUGGAGGCGAGUUUGAAGAAACUGCAGACGGAUUAUAUCGACCUGCUCUACGUGCACUGGUGGGACUUUACGACGAGUGUGCCCGAGUUGAUGCAGAGCUUGAAUCAUUUGGUUCAGCAGGGUAAAGUAUUGUAUUUGGGCAUCAGUGAUACGCCCGCUUGGGUCGUCAGUAAGGCGAAUGAGUACGCCCGCAACCACGGUCUCCGCGGCUUCUCCGUCUACCAGGGUAUGUGGAGCGCCGCAUCCCGCGACUUUGAGCGAGAUAUCAUUCCCAUGGCUCGGGACGAAGGCAUGGCUCUAGCACCAUGGGGCGCACUCGGCGGCGGCAACUUCACCACGAAAGCCAAACGCGAAGCCAACGAAAAAGGCCGCAGCAUGGUCCCGCCCACGGAAUCCCAAAUCAAGAUGUCCGAGAGGCUCGAAGAAAUCGCCAGCAAGAAGAACACCGCCAUCACGUCCGUCGCUCUGGCCUACGUCAUGCACAAAGCGCCGUAUGUCUUCCCCAUUGUCGGAGGCCGCAAGGUCGAGCAUCUGAAGGGGAACAUUGAAGCCCUGGGGUUGCAGUUGAGUGAUGAGGAGAUUGAUGAGAUUGAGGCGGCCAGCGAUUUCGAGGUUGGAUUCCCGAUGAACUUUUUGUUCCAGUUUGGUGGCGGCAAGUGGAGCACUAGGAAUACCAGUAGUGAUAUUGGGUUGUUGAAGACUGCGGGGCCGUUGGAUAGUGUGCCGCAUCAGGCGCCGGUGAGGCCCCAUGGGCUGUAAUGCGUCAGAGAGAGAGGAAAGUUCAGGCUUUAAAUAUACGAACAUUAGACCCGUGUUCAUGAAAUGAUGACUACUACGAACUG